AUGAAUCCAGUAUCAUCUUCCAAUCAACGUUUCAAUGUUCGAUCAUUUCUUAAACAACUAAUUGUUGGUUUUAUGACCGAAUAUGAAACACCGAAAAUAGUUAUGGUACAUAGUUAUUCAAUUACAACAUUACUUCGUUUUAUUCAAACAAUUCUUUUACUCUAUUCUUUAUGUUAUUUACUUAUUUAUAGAAAAGGUUAUCAAUAUCAAGAUACGUCACUUAUUUCAUCUAUAACAAUUAAAGUAAAAGGUCUUGGUUAUAUCGAUACGCCAAAUAAUGACUCAUAUGUUUUCGAUGGAACCGAUUAUAUAAUACCAUCAUCAGAAAAUAAUGCAGUAUUUAUUAUGACAAAUUUUAUUGAAACUGAUCAAAGUCGAUCGACAUGUCUUGAAAGUGCAUCAUUUAAACCGGCAAAAUGUAGAAAUGAUGGUGACUGUCAAAAUAAACCUUAUAUGCCUGAUAUUAAUGGUCGAUGGACUGGUCGAUGUUCAUUGACAUCAAUAAUAGAUAUGUCGAAUAUAACAACAAAUAUAUCACAACAACCAUACGGUUUAUGUGAAAUUCAAGGUUGGUGUCCAGUAGAAGAUGAUCGUAAAAAAUCAACAGUUAUUAGAGAAAUUCCUCAUUUUACAAUAUUUAUAAAGAAUUUCAUUGAAUUUCCUACAUUUAAUGUUAAACAUAAAAAUAUGGCUGGAAAUUUAAAACCAUGUGUAUUUCAUCCAAAGAAAAACACAGACUGUCCAAUAUUUGGUCUUGAUUAUAUAUUAGAAGAAGCUGAAAAAAAUGAAACUGAACGUCAAUUAAUGUUACUUUAUGGUGGUGUAAUAAGUGUUAAACUUGAUUGGGAUUGUAAUUUAGAUCGUAAUAUAAAAUUAUGUAAACCAGUAUAUACAUUUGACCGUCUUGAUACACCAUUUCAUGAAGAAAGAUUUUCUAUUGGUUUUAAUUUUCGUUUUGCAUCUCAUUGGAAAGAUAAUGAAACAUAUUUACGUUUAUUAAGAAAAGCUUAUGGUCUUCGUUUUAUCGUUUCUGUUAGUGGUAAAGCUGGAAAAUUUGAUUUUAUAACAUUAACAUUAAAUACAGGUUCAUUAGUUGGUAUUUUUGGUUUAGCAACAUUUCUUUGCGAUUAUAUUCUUCUUAAUUUAACAGAAAAAGCAUCUAUGUAUAGAGAACAAAUCUUUCAUCGUGUCAAUCCAAAAGAAACACGUGUUGAUAAUGCUUUUGAACUUUUGAAGAAACAAGUUCAAGAUAAAACAUUAAUAAUGGAAAAUCCAAAUACUAAUGAGCAACAUAUGACACCAUCAUUUCGAAUAUCUGAACCUCCGCCUUCAGAAAACCUUUCAAUUGUAACAAGUACAUCAUUUUCAUCUGUUCCUGUUAAUCAAAAUUCAACGACACUAGUACAUCCAUAUAUAGGUUUAACAAAUAUGAUGAAACAAGGAACAAAAUGA